AUAAUAUCGAGCUACAUAAUAUUAUCUAUUCGACGUUGAUUGUGCGCGUGAGUCGUCGCGUCCUUCGUCUUCUGCGACAUAUUUCGUUAUUUCCUUCUCAAUUCCAAAAUAUUCGCUAAAACUGGAGUUCGAUAAUAAUACUAUAUAUCACAUUAAGUAUUAUACGUCACAUUAUAUUAUAAUGCAAUGCUUUAAAAUAUAUUUUUCCUAGUCACUACGGACAAAAAUCGAAUACAUUUUUUUUUUUAAAACGAUAGUUAUUUUAAGAUUGCGAUUUGCGCUGUGUUGUCGGAUUGAUUUGAGUAUUCUAUUUUUUAAUAUUAUCACGGUGUCAUGAUAUCUCCGUGGUCGUCGUUGUCGGAUCACCGUCACCUCAGUAGUAGCCGCCGGAAGUGACGCCCGGAAACUCUCUCGAACAUGGACGAUAAUAAUAUUGUCGUUGUUCCGGCAGUCGUCCGCCGCCGCCACCGCCGUCGUGUCAUCAACUACGCAGGUAUGGCGACCACCGGCUAGCGAUGGUGCCCACGUCGGUAUUGGUGUUCUUCGGCCUGCUGUCGGCCGUCUCCGUAGACCCGGCAUGGUCUGCCAGCGGUCCGGUCAUUCAGCAAUGUCCCACGCACGGCGAAAUUGCACCGUGCGUGUGCACGGUGAAGAAGAAUGGCGGUCUGGACAUACUGUGCGAGUUCACCGAUCUGCAGCACAUAUCCAAAACAAUGGCCGUGCUCAAGGGAAAACCAUCGCUGGUCAUAUUCUACCUGAAGCUCCGGCACAACAACCUGCCCAAGUUGCAAGGUUUCGUGUUCCUGGGAAUGGACAUCCGGCACCUGACCAUACACAACAGCACGCUGGCCGUGGUCGAAGAGUCGUCGCUAAGUUCUAUCGGAAAAGCACUCACCCAAUUAGAUCUGUCUCAGAAUUCGUUAAGCAGCGUACCGACUCCGGCGUUGAAGAGCUUAGAUCGAUUGCUAAUAUUUAAUUUGAACCAUAACAAAAUCGCCGCCAUCCACGCAAACGCUUUCGAGGGAAUGAGCACGCUAGAGAUAUUGACCUUGUACGAAAAUCGGCUUACUAACAUCGAGGCCAAUGCGUUCGCCGGCACAGAGAAGAAACUGAAACGAUUGAACAUCGGUGGUAACGAAUUGAACCGGGUACCGACCGGAGCUCUACAGACGAUGGACAACUUAAAGAAAUUAGAAAUUCAAGAAAAUAAGAUUACGUCGAUCAGCGAAGGCGAUUUCAUAGGUUUACAAACAUUGGAUAUGCUUAUCCUAGCACACAAUUAUCUCAAACAUAUACCUGCCAAAGUUUUUCGCCAUUUGCCACUACUGAACUCGUUGGAGUUGGACGGAAAUCAAAUAUCGAGUAUUGACGAAGAGGCUUUUUUCGGUUUGGAAGAAAAUCUUCAAUAUUUAAGAUUGGGUGACAACAACUUGCACACAAUACCAAGCGAAUCACUCCGUCGUUUACACAGACUUCGACACUUGGACCUCAAAGCCAACAACAUAUCACAUAUUGCCGAAGACGCUUUCACUGGUUUUGGGGAUUCGAUCACAUUUUUGAAUUUGCAAAAAAAUGACAUCAAAACGUUACCAAUGAUGGCGUUCGAGAAUUUGAAUUCCUUGGAAAUAUUAAACCUGCAAAACAAUAAGCUGACGCGAGUACCGGAAGAAGCACUCGAGGCAAUAGUAGACACUGCAACUGUUAUUGAUAUUAUGGAUAACCCGCUGAUUUGUGACUGUGACCUGCGCUGGUACAGGGAUUGGCUGAAAGAGUUACGUCACCGGGACGACGACGACAUCAUACAGAAGAAACACAUACUCUGUCUGAUGGAAGAAGAACACAGGGAGUUCAGCGUCUUAAAUUUGCCAGUGGAGAGAAUGAACUGCGUGGGCAAAAAAUACUCGUCGUCAGCCAACGGGAUCGGCGAAGCUCGUGUCCUUUCCCGCAUCCUGAUAGUUUUCGUCUUCGCCCUACAUCAAUUCAAAUGAAAACAUACACACACACACACACACACACCUACACACUCACACACACACACACACAAACACACACACACAGACACACAUACACUGACAAACACACUUACACUCACUUACACGCAAACACGAAUGCACGCGAGCAUCGAUAAUGUACACGCCAUAAUCAUCAAAUAUUAUAUCAUAUCAUUGUAUACGCCUAUAACAGCCAUGACCUCCCGAACUCGCAUCGAGAUUGAAUGAAAAAAAUAUCGAGUGUGCCAGUGGUGCAUGGCCCACGCACGAGUGUAUAUAAUAUUAUUAUGUAUUAUGAUGACAGGUGCCUGCCUCCUGUGACGUGGUAAGUUCCAUCAGAAUGUUAAAAAACGCAAGUCAUGGCAACUUCCAGCUGUACAACGCGCAGGAUAUUGCGGAAACGAUCGAACGGCGAGCAUCAAAAUAUUAGACCCGAAGCUCUCUCGCGAGAUGAUAUUAUAUUGUUUUGUUUUUCGUUUAAAAAAAAAAACAUAACAAAACUACACUAUCGGUGCGAAACAAACACUUUUGCGAUUCGAUAUGAUAUUUUAUAAUAUCGAUGUCGAACCAUCACUGCAGGACGGUGUAGUACAAUGCGAUUUCGAUGUGCCGUCUACGAUUUCGGGUUGCACAAUAUUAUAAUAUUGCACCAGCUGCCCCCAUGUGUUUGUAUAUUUUUUUUUAUUUUUUGUAUGUUUUUCGUUUAUCGUUCUCUCAAUUUGGCCGACGACCGUCGGACCUUUUGCCGACAACAUAUCAACCACAUAUCAUCCGUAUCGUAUAAUAUAAUAAGUACCUAACCAUAUAUAUUAUGUAGUUAAUAAUAAUUUAAUCGUGACGCAAUAAUAAUAUCAUUUAUUAUCUUAUCGUAGUAGCCACCCAAGAAAAUUGUAGACGUGAUUCUCAUAUAGACAAGUUCAGCGGUGCCGGAUUUAGUGGGGGCGCGGGAGUUGGAAUUCACCUCAAUCCUCGAGUUUGCUUUGGGCCAGUUAGUCAGGUUGAUGUCAUAGAUUUUUCAACUCUGUAAAGUGAUGAAUUACUAAGAAUAUCGAAUAAUGGUCAAGAAAAAAAAGUGUUUAAACAAAUUGCCCCCAUCCAUUCAUUUCAAACUGUUAUGGACUCGGUUUUAUCCCAGCUAAUGUCACUAUUGUGACUCAAUUUAAAGGAACUCAAUAUUAACCUUGAGAUGCCUGUACCUAGUUGAAAUGAUUUCUUUUUUAUAUCCAUCAUAAUCACUUUUAUCAACAACAAAAAAUAUACAAUUGUUAAUGCAUCAAAUGACUUAUUAUGAAUAGCAAUUUUCUUUUAUGUGCUUCCAAUAAUUUAUUAGCAGUUACACCCCCGACUUAGAUUCGGCACUGGACAUGUGUUUGCGCUAUUUAGAUAGACCCUCCGUUAUACGUGUAAGUGUUUUUAUUUUUUUCGUCGGAAAAAUUAUACGCUUUAAAAAUCUCUACCCCGCGCGUGUCGCGUGAUGUGUAAUUUAAUAAUAAUUUUAUUGCAAUAUUGCAGAGUGAAGAUAGUGGGACAAAUCGAGCGUGCACCACUCUGGCGGUUGUCGUGUAGGUAUGACGAUUAGGAUACGCUCCACGGAAAUUUAUCGAUCAAUUACGACAGUGACAUACUGUAUAUAGUGCCUACGUCGAAUACACAUUUUAUACUAAACCUACGACAGCGCGUAACGAUAAUAAUUUUUAAUUCGAAGUAUUAUUGUGGUCUUGAAAAAACCAAAGAACCCUCAACACGAAGCUUCGGACUUAAUAGUUUUUUUUCUUUCUUCAGUAAAAUACUAACAAUAAUAUUAUAUCAUAAAAUAAUAUUGUACGGCGCCUAGACACAUAGUCAGUCGUUAGGUAUAACAAGCGUACCACCUGCAGCUACCUGUUGUACGCCCAUAUUAUCAUCAUCAGUUGUUUUACAAUUGGCCACUAUUUAAGAUUGAUUUCAAUUAUCUUGCAAGAACCGUUAUCGGUGAUUAAAACCGUCGACGAAAAUUUGACGUUUUUUCUACCCACCUUAUCAUCAAGUGGCCCCUAUCUCUAUUUUCAGGACCGGCUUGUAGGUGGUUCGAACUGUGUAGUGGCACAGAGCGGGGGGGCUUUGCAAAAAUAACUUAUCGUAGGUAACCUUAGUUCAUAUAUUCAUCUAAUGAUUCAGAUUUAUUGAUACGUUUUCAAUCGUAUACUGUCUUUGAGGCCCGAAAAAAUACCUAGCACCUAUUAAAUAGUCCCCGAUAUUCACCAAGCCGGCCCUGCCCAUUAGACGUGGGUAAGUUGAAAUGACUCGUCGGCGACUGACGAGUGUGUAUUUGAUGUAUUAGGUAGGUACUGCACCCCAAAGGUACACUCGUUAGACAUCAGAGUUCGCGCAAAUUGUACAAUAUUCUUCAACCCACCAUGUGGGAUACCCACUACCCACUCCGCUACUUUUACUGCACGUGACCUUUUUCCGAUUUGAAUAUUUAGCAUUUGAUUUUCGUUUUUUAAUAGCGUCUUCAUAUUAUAAGUAUCUAGUAUCUAUACUAUAUCAUGCAUCUUACACGUAUAAACAUGCGAUUUAAUGAGCUAUAAUAAUACAUAUAUUAUAUAAGUAUGAAAACUAUAUUAACCAAUGGAUUACACUAUUUUAAAUUUAGGAAUUUUUGUAGAUGAUGAUUAAAUACUGUAGCUGAAAAAAUGUUGAUUUUAAGUCAUCUUAGUUAUUAUAGAUGUAUACUUGUAGGAAUGUUUGAAGAGUGUUAUUAUAUUUACAUAUUAUACGAUUGAUUAUAAUAUUAUUAUUAUCAUUAACAUUUAAGCUUAAAAACCAUUCGCAAUACAUAUCUUAAUAAAUUACGUAACGAUGAGAGCUAUUACGAUUCUUUGCAAGACCCUGCGGGACGUUUGUAGAAUAACAUUAAACAAAAAUAAAAUGUUUUAAAAAAAA